GGGUAACCGGAGGCUCUCUCGCGCGACAUCAGCAUCGUUGCGCGGCGGAGGCUGCGCCCCCUGCGGACCCCACCGGCGGCAAGACGGACAGCGCGCGCUCGCCGGGGCCCGCGCCGCGCGCCUCGGCCCGGACGCCCGCCGUCCCGCCGAGGCGACGCUGGGUCCCCCCGUCCUCGCUGCGCCACCACGAGGUGCCUGACGCCGAUGCCAAGCACGACGUCAUAUUCCGAAAGGUGCGCGGUAUUCUUAACAAACUUACCCCAGAAAAGUUUCAAAAGCUGAGUGAUGACCUGCUCGGCUUGGAGCUGGACUCUGACAAGGUGCUUAAGGGCGUGAUCCUCCUGAUCUUCGAGAAGGCGCUGGACGAGCCCAAGUACUCGUCGAUGUACGCGCAGCUGUGCAAGCGGCUGAGCGAGGAGGCGCCCAACUUCGAGCCCGCCGGCCAGCCCUGCACCUUCAAGCUGCUGUUGCUCAACAAAUGCCGCACUGAGUUCGAGAACAGGGCUCAGGCGUUCGCCGCCUUCGAGGACAAGGCGCUGUCUCCCGAGGAGGAGGAGAAGCGGCACCUCGCCAAGUGCAAGAUGCUGGGCAACAUAAAGUUCAUCGGCGAGCUGGGCAAGCUGGAGAUCCUGGCCGAGUCCAUCCUGCACCGCUGCAUCCAGAACCUGCUGGCGCGGCGCGCGGCCGCCGAGCACCACGAGGACCUGGAGUGCCUGGCGCAGCUGGUGCGCACGUGCGGCCGCGUGCUGGACUCGCAGCGCGGCCGCGGCCUCAUGGACCAGUACUUCGCGCGCAUCCACACGCUGUCCACCAGCCGCGAGCUGGCGCCGCGCAUCCGCUUCAUGCUGCGCGACGUGGUGGAGCUGCGGCGCGGCGGCUGGGUGCCGCGCGUGGCCACGGCCGCCGAGGGCCCCGUGCCCAUCCAGCAGCUGCGCGGGCAGUCGCCGCCGCGGCGCGAGCGCGAGCCGCUGUUCCGGCGCGCGCGGCCGCUGGAGGACGUGCUGGCGGGGCUGGCGCUGCAGCCGGCCGCGCCGCUGCCCGCGCCCGACAAGCUGUUCGGCAACGGGUUCCGCGACGGGUUCCGCGCGCGCCCCGCCGCGCACUUCCCGCGCGCCCCGCGCCCCACCGCGCCCCGGGCGCGCCGCGUGUACGCGGGCGGCGCGCUGCAGGACGUGCAGAUGCGGCCGGCGCCCAACUCGCUCAUGUUCUCGGCCAACCAGCUGCUGCGGCCCGCGCCGCCCGCGCCCGUGCUGCCCGCCUUCAGCACGCCCGCGCCGCGCGCCGACCAGCCCGCCAUCGCCAUCAAGCCCGCGCCCGACAAGAAGGACAAGCCGCGCAAGGACAAGGGAGUGAACAAAGAGGAGGCCUGCCGGCUGGCGGUGGCGGCGGUGGACGCGCUGGCGGCGGGCGGCGUGCCGCUGGGCGACGACGUGCCGCGCGAGGCGCACGAGCACGCCGAGCGGCUGCUGGCGCUGCAGCUGCCCGACAAGCUGCUGCGCCGCGCGCUCACCGCCGCGCUGGAGCACGCGCUGCAGCCGCCGCCGGAGGGCUCGGUGACCGCGGAGGCGCGGGCGUGGGCGGCGUGCGUGCUGUGGCGCGCCAGCAAGCGCGCGGGCGCGGCCGAGUGGCUGCGCGCGCGGCUGGGCGCGGCGCCCGCCGGCGCGCUGCUGGCCGAGGCCGUGCGCCACAAGCUGCUGCCGCUGGCCGAGCUGGGCGCCUGGUGCGAGGGCCAGCACCACGCGCUGCUGCUGGCCGUGCUGCAGCGCCUGCGCGAGCUGCUCGACCUGGACACGCUGCGCGACCUCACCGACGAGAGCAAGCUGAACCUGUGCGCGUUCGUGUCGGAGGGCGGCGCCGAGCCGGACGCCGAGCACGCGCUGGCGGCGCUGGAGGCGCGCGGGCUGGCGGCGCUGGUGCCGCAGCUGCGCGUCACGGCCACGCUGGCGGCGCAGCUGGACGCCGAGCCCGCGCCGCACGCGCUGUACCGCUGGAUCAAGGCCAACGUGGAGCCGGCGGUGCGGCAGAAGGCGGCCUUCGUGUCGGCGCUGGUGGCGCUGCUGGCGGCGCGCGUCACGGCGGCGGCGGGCAGCGCGGGCGCGGCGCCGGGCAGCGCGGCGCUGGAGCGCGAGAAGGCGCUGGUGGAGACGUACGCGCCGCUGCUGACGGCGCUGCUGGCGGCGCGCCAGGACCUGCAGCUGGCCGCCGUGUACGCCGUGCAGGUGCACGCGCACCGCCACCGGUACCCCAAGGGCAUGCUGCUGCGCUGGUUCAUGUACCUGUACAACCUGGAGGUGGUGGAGGAGGACGCGUUCCUGCGCUGGCGCGAGGACGUCACGGACGCCUACCCCGGCAAGGGCGAGGCGCUGUUUCAGGUGAACGCGUGGCUGACGUGGCUGCAGCAGCAGGAGUCGGAGGAGGAGGACGCCGAGGACUAGGCGGCGGUCGCUGCCGGGGGCCACAUUCGGCGCGCCUGCCGCUUUUAUUUCGCGCUCAUCUCAUUAUAUAAAUAUAAUUAAGCCAAAUAGUUAAAAAUACCUACCUUCGUCGCCAUUUAACCCUCGGCCCGUCGCGCUCGGGACUCCGGGGUUAAAUAGGUCAAUUUUUAGGUUAUAUUACGUAAACGAAUAUUAGUAUCUCGAGAUAAUUUUUUGUAGGCCUUUUACUCGAUUUUGAUACUUUUACAAAUGUAUACAAUGUAUAGUGUUCGUUCGGACGUAUGAUUGCACCCGGUCUGCCCUCUGCCCACGUGAGCGUGUUUUAGUUGAAAUUGUAUUAUAUAAAUAUAUAUAUAAAGGAAGAACUUAAAUCAAUUUUUAUUAAUAAUAUCAUGAUCAUUUAUUUUCAAAGCUAAAUGGACUUAGUGAUAAACUGUAAGAAUGCUUCGAUUUCAUUAUAAUAUCAAAUUUAGAUUUUUUGUAACUAGAUAAAGAAAAGUAAAAAAAAAAAUAUUUCCCUCGGGCGUAAGAAUCGUAUGUGAGUUGUCAUAAAGUUGUGCAGUAA